AUGUCGCCAGGAAUGUAUGGGGUAUUGAAGACCGACAAUCUUGUGCUUCUGCACAUUCGUCUAGACAUUUUGACCAUGUUUCUCAAGAUUCUAGAGCAAGAUCUCACUCCCUCUUUAAAAGACGUCCUAGAAUUAGUUCCAUCCACUGCUAGUCCUCAGGAAUACCUCAUGGAAUGGGUCUUUGACCUAAUUGUAUCGGAUCGCUCUCUCUGCAGCUGCUACUCCAUCCUGUGGCUCCUGCUAAUUCGCUAUGGGGAGCGCGUAAGUUGCUCGCUGUCUUACAUCAGUUCCUCAGGUCUCGAAGGGAUGGUACAAAUAUCUUCACAUCAGUUCGGUUCUUCUCUGGAAGUUGUGCUUAGCCAACUUUUUACUGUCGAUAUGAGGAGGAUUUGGGGAGCUACUGGCAAAAGUAAACUCCCUUUCUGUCGCCACAAUUUCUUUUUCAUUUGUUCCCUUCAGCAGCACUCAACCGCUCCAACUUCCCGAUUUUCUACUGCUGCUUGGAUCAUUCGCAAUCAUUUACUUGGCGACACUCCUCCACCCGAGGAGUCCAUUCGACACGCCUUGGAGUCCAUUCUGGCUCUUCAGAUGGUCUGGGGUGCUAAUGUGGAGGUUGUGCAUUCACUGUGGCUUUAUUUCAGUCGCAAACUCGUAAGCUUCUUCAGUAUGCGAUUCCGCCAACCUCUGACUAACCACUUACUCUUCCCUGCCGGCCUUACCGUUUCGUUGUUUUUUUUUCGCAUUCAGGAUUCAAUGGUUGAUCUGCGACCUAAAGACUCCAAGUCGGGUGGGGCAGACCUCCAUCCUUUUACUCUCUUCUGCGAUAUCACCGUCCAAGUCUUUAUUUCUCACUCGACAGAUGUGUUAAAUCUUAUCCGAGUUGCCCUCCCCUCACUGACCCGUCAAGGCAUUGCAAAUUACUUUACGCUUAUCGAGUGCCUAUUGAGGGCAGUAUUGAGCCCGCCUCAGAAUCAGAAAGUUGCUUGUGAACUGAUGGGCUUUGUCGUAUCGCUAUUCGGUGGGAUGGAGGAGGCUCAGUUAAAGUGGUUUUGCGACUGGGAGAUUGGUCGACGUUGCGCUGCUUUGGAGGCUCUUCAAAACCUCCUUGUUAUCGGCUUUCACAAUGAUUCUACUGUCAACAGAGAGUUUGAACAGUCUUUAACACAUCUUGUGCAUCUUACGUGUCGUUUCAGGGAGGCUAUUGUUCAACAGGUGAAAAGUAACACAAUGGAAUCAGGAGCCAAUGUGCUUAACUUUACACUUCUGGGUCACCGUGAUAAAUUGGAGCAGCUGGCACUCUCAUUUUGUCAGUCCCUUCUUCCACCUCUGCUUCGUCGAACUGAGUGGAUUUCUCAACUUUUUGACGCUCCUCUUCUCGAUACACUGUGCUCCUCCGUGCGUGGGGAAUGGCUCUCUUUCCUGCAUGAUCUCCUGUCCUCCCACUGUCGUGAUAACGCUACCUGUCCCUCCACUUGGAAAGGUAAGUUAGCUUCGUUUUUGGAAUGCAACUCUCCCUAUCGUACGUCUUCGCUUCUAGGUCGGUUGUGGUCGGACGUGCUACCACACUUCCUCUCGCGUGCAUGUACGAACGCCUCGUGGGCAGAGGAGGCUGCUGAAGUGGCUCAACUUUUUCUACAUCUAGCCCUUGCAUCAUCGUCUAAUAUGUCCCCAUGGGACUUACUUUCAUGGUUCUCUUUUAAGACGAAUCUGUCCUUCUCUUUUCGUAGACUCUACUUUCGUCGCCUUUUCAAUGAUACCGGCUUUUUAAACACCUUGCUACGCUCCCAAAUCACUCCCACGGACGUAAACCGAGCUUGGCAGUUCUACACAACUUGGUUAACUUAUAGUCUUCUUGACGAUGCUAACGAAUGUAGAAAGGCUAUCUCCUUACACGCUAUCGGGUGCGAAUUGCCUGACGGAGUAUCCACCCUAGUGGAUACAGCAGUCGCCGAGAUUUCAUUGCUUCAACUGUGCCAAAGAUUUGAGGCUGUGGAGACCUUCCAAGAACGUAUGGCCUUCAAGUCUGAAACCCUUCGUCGACUAACUCCACUAGCACAACUAUUAAGUUCUAUAAUGGAACGUUUCCUUACUGCUUCCACGCCCUCGGAGGUAGAAAUAACUGCAGCGUAUCGUGCAACUGCUUCCCUCUUCCAAACCGCUUCUCCCCUCCUCUACUCUCCAGACGGUAUCUUUACUAGCCUCUUCGAUGCCUUUCUGUUACCACCUUGGCGUCGACUGACAAAGGAGACCUCAAUCAAAAAAUCAAUUGUCCAGACCUGUGUGGCGGAAAAUUUGCCUGCAUUCCUUCGUGGAAUACUACAGCUGAACUACCAAAAGGAUCCAUUUAUCGCGAGGAUGUUACGUGAGCUCCUUCGCACUAUCUUUUUCUCAGUGGGGAUCAAAUACAUUGCGUCUGCUGUACAGAUGUGUGACUUGUCAACGUAUAGAGCUCAUCUGCUGAGAGUUUUGGCGCAGGAGUUUAUCUCCCACUUGGACGAACCAUCCAAUGGAUGGAACGAGAACGCGAAAAUGUGGAUGGACUUCUUCGACGAAAUGGACAAGGGCACGGUGACGUUGGUUCAGGCAUUACGAGAUGCUCCUUACCUCCUUUGGCCCGUGGCAGCGUUGCUGGGUGAUACGAGGAACGCAAAGUCUUUCACCUCCCUCACUAAUCGCUGUGCCAGUGCUUUCGCCACUUUUAUUACUCGGUGGAAGAGCUUGAAGUCUACCAUGAAUGAUGGUGUUGACGGUGAUGCCGCAAGGUAA